GGAAGAGAGGUGGUUGGAUGGGUGGGGUUAGGGGAUGGUCUGGCACUUCAAAUGAGGUUAACGUAACUUUGUGGAGUGUAUUUGUUGUGAUUUGUGUUAGGAUAGGCGACGCUCUUGUUGCUCUCCUCUACACAACUGAAAACUACUAAUUCAAAGUUUCCUAGCUGUGAUUUUAUAACACGACACCAUGGCAAACUUGUUUGAUCAGUACGACCAACCAAGAUCUAAAUUAUCGUCAACUUUACCUACUCGACCAGAGAUGAGUACCACUGGGUUUAUACAUAUGAAGCUUGAGGAAGAAGUGCCAAUGUUUAGUAAGCAGAAGGUGAACUUUGCUCCUCCGGAGUCUAUUACCCAUUUGGUUGUGAGCAAUAAUCUUGUUGUUCUUGCCAUGGCCAAUCAGCAACUUCUCAGACUAGAUUUGAAACAACCCGACAAGCCAGAAGUAAUUGAUAUGAGUAAAGUGCUCACAAACCAACUGAGACUCACAGGGCUAUACCUGGACCCAUCUGGCGAACACCUGCUUCUUGCUGCUGUGUCUCGGCAUCAGGGUGAUGUCCAUGUCCAACCAUACUGUCAACUGCUGUAUCUCAAUAGAAGAUCCACCAAGAUCAAACCUACAAGUAAACUUAAGGGAGCAGAAGUGACAUCUGUUGCCUGGAGCUUCACCAUGUCCUCCGAGACAAGCACGGGCCCUAUUCUCUUGGGAACUUCCAAAGGUGCAAUUUUUGAAACAGAAAUUAGAACUGAUGGUGAUAGAAUUUUUGCUGGAAAUAGUUUGGAACAGUACUUCAAGCAGGUAUUUGAUAUUGGGAGAGGGAGCAACAUCCCUAUCACCGGAAUAGAAUUUCAUUGCAUACCAAACUCUGACAAUUACUUUAUUGUUGUAACGACUUUGGAACGUCUUUAUGAAUUUGGAGGCUCUGCUGGUAAUGUCAAUGAACGCCCUUUUUUUCAACAAAUUUUCAAUGGUUAUUUGAACAAAGCAGAACAAUUUGUUAGCAUGAUAUCCAAGUUAAAGUAUUCCAAGCUGCAAUUUUACUAUCCAAGUGAAGGUAAACUUCCAACACAGUGUGCUUGGCUUGUUGAACGUGGCCUCUUUUGUGGAGAGUUGGAUUUGAAUUCUGGUGAUGAUAAAGUGAUUUGCCAGCGCGGCUUACUGACUUAUCCAUCCUCAGCACCCAUCUCAUUUGUACUAACAGAAUUUCAUGCAUUGCUUAUGUACUCUGAUCAUGUUAAAGGUGUCUCACUUCUGAACAAUGAUGUUGUAUUUGAAGAUGGUUUUAAUGAGGCCUUCGGAAAGCUUAUCAAUAUUACAAAAGAUCCUCUUAAAAGUACCAUUUGGGCUUUUACAGAGAGAGCCGUGUUCAAGUACAAAGUUACUAAAGAAGAUCGCAAUGUGUGGCAGGUGUACAUUGAAAAGGGAAAAUUUGAUUUAGCUAAAAAGUACUGUGGCAAUAACCCUGCUUUUAUGGAUCAGGUCAUGGUUAAGCAGGCAGAAAUGUUUUUUGAUGAUAAACAGUAUGAUGAAAGUGCAGUGCACUAUGCCCAAACUCAGUCUUCAUUUGAAGAAAUUUCACUGAAGUUUCUACAAGUUCGUCAAAUGCAGGCUCUCAAGCUGUUCCUGAAAAAGCGGUUGGAAUUAUUGCGCCCUCAAGACAAAACACAAAUUACUAUGAUUGUCAUAUGGGUAUUAGAAUUGUUUUUGAACCAACUUGGAGAACUAAGAGACCAGAAGAAGGAAAAGUCAGUAGAAUAUAUAAACUUGCAGAAGGACUUUGAUGCAUUUCUUGGAGAAAAACUUGUGAUGGAUUGUAUUAAACGCAACUGUGAGAAAAUUUAUAGUUUAAUUGCAAGUCAUGGAGACAAAGAAAAUCUUGUGAAGCUUACAAGCAUUAAUAGAGACUUUGAAAAGGUUAUCCGUCAUCAUUUGUACAAAGGAGACUAUGGAGAAGCUCUUGAAGUUCUUAAAAGCCAACACCAAAAGCAAUUAUUCUAUGAGUUUGCUCCAGCCCUCAUGCAAGCGAGGCCCAAGCAAACAAUAUCAGCUCUUAUAUCUCAGGGAAGCGCUCUAGAGCCUGUAAAACUACUACCAGCCCUCAUUGCUUGUGACUUACGUGAUCCCAAAGUAGUGGAUGAAGCCAUCUUUUAUUUAGAGUUUUCUGUCCACAAAUUGCACGUCAAAGACCAGGCCAUCCACAAUUAUCUUCUGAUGCUAUAUGCUAAGUUCCAGCCAAAUGGACUGAAGAAGUAUUUGAUAUCUGAAGGAGAUGAUGUUUCGUCUGUGCAUUAUGAUCCUCACUAUGCUUUACGUUUAUGUCGUGAGCACAAGUUAAAUGAAGCCUGUGUCAGGUUGUCUGCUUUGCUGGGUCUUUGGGAGUCUGCUGUUGAUUUAGCACUGAAGGAGAAUAUUCAGCAAGCCAAAGAUAUUGCCAGUCAACCGCAAUGUGAUCCAGAACUUCAGAAGAAGCUAUGGCUAAAAAUUGCUAAGCAUGUUGUGAGUGAGAAAAAUGACAUUCAGCAAGCCAUGGAGUUCCUCCAGCAGUGCCCUCUAGUGAAAAUAGAAGAUAUACUUCCAUUUUUCUCAGAUUUUGUUACCAUUGAUCACUUUAAAGAUGCAAUUUGCACCUCAUUGCAGGUGUACAAUCAACACAUUCAAGAUUUGAAGGAUGAAAUGGAAGAAGCUUCAAAGUCUGCAGAGCUCAUCCGAGACGAGAUUAACUCAUUCCGUAAGAGGUACACAGUUGUAAAUAGCUCUAAAACUUGUGAGGAAUGCUCAUUACAACUAUUACUGAGGCCGUUCUACCUUUUCCCUUGUGGGCAUUCCUUCCAUUCCGAUUGUUUGUUGAAAGAGCUGGAGCCAGUGCUCCCAUCUGGCAAGCGCAACAAGCUUCAUGAGUAUCAGAGACAACUUGCUUCAAUGACAUCUAAAGAUGAUACAGUCUCAAUUAGUUCUGCAAGUAUUUCUGCUAGAGAUCAACUGAAAGGAGACAUCGAUGCAAUUGUUGCCUCUGAAUGUCUUUACUGUGGAGAAAUUAUGAUAAAGUCUAUUGAUCGUCCAUUUGUUGAGGAAGAGGAAUAUGAUCAAAUAAUGAAGGAAUGGAAGUAAACUCAUCAUUCAACUCCCCAACCGAUUGAUCUGGAAGACAGAUGCAUGAACAAAUGUGUGUCUGUAAGUUUUGCUCAGUUCUGCUUUGUUAUCUUAACUUUUCCCAAUCAAUUUGAUUACAUAAAAAAAAGUGCAUCAUUAACUUCCAAUCUAUUAAGUCUAAUAAAUAUCCACAAUUAGUCAAGGAAAUAUUUGUUGCUGUGAUAUUAGUACAGUUCGCUAGUUUUUUUUGUUCCUUAUCACUCUAUGUAAGUGAUCAAGUACUAUUUUUUUGUUUAGUUUAUUUUUUCCUGUAUGUCUUUUACUAAGAUUAUUCUUCUUCUCAUUGUAUAAAUUUUAUAACUAUGUAUUUAAAAUUAAAAAAAAAGAAGGAUAUA